UCGGGGCUUCCAUAGCCAGAGGACUCGUCAAACAAUCAUGUGACUCAUGAUGUCCAGAGUCUCUGUAUAAAUAAGUUCAUCCGUUUGUCAGCGCUGCCAAACUCGUGAAGAUCUGAAGUGCAGACAGAAGCUGAAACUCGCCUCAAGUGUUUGCGCAACUUUAUCGUCCUCCACGUAUAUUUCACGAAAAUAUGGAGCAUCUGGAAAACUCCACCGCUUUCCCAAACCGAAUCUCCCAGCACACAGAGAGCAGCGUGAACUCCCUGACGGACAAAGGCGACGGGAACGCGUUUCUUUACAUACUGAUCGUCAUGUGUUUCUACGGAGUCUUCCUCUGCGGGGUCAUGCUUGUUUACUUCCGCUCCAAGCGCAGGGAAAAGAGAAGGAUCAACAUCUUUACGCGCCUGGUACACGAGGAGGAGCGGCGGGAGUGGGGCUCUCUGCCCAAGAAGAACAGCCUCUCCUUCCCCGCCGCAGCCACCGCUGCCUCCGGACUGCGAUCAGUGCACGUGUCCCUGCCUUUCUGCGGUUUCCACGGCAACCACUUUGGACACCGCAGCUGCGAGGACGCGCUGCCAUCUCCGCUGGCGUGUGCGCUGUGCACCGAGCAGAGCAGCAUCAGCUCGCUGUGCUCAUCCGCGGACACGCACAUCGCCAUCGAGGAGGAGUCGGACACCGGGACGGCGGAGGAACCGGAGGAGAACGUGAAGGGAGGGCCGAAGAACAGCGGGGACGAUUCAGGCUGAGAGGAACCCAGAGAGGCGCACAGAAGAAACACCAGUUGGAGAGAAGAACAGGCACAUUGAAGCCUUCUUAUGUCAUAGACCACCAAAUAAGUCUAACCAUGACUCAUCAGUAAUGAUCACUAA